AUGAAGUUUGGAAAGUAUCUUGCCUCCCGACAGCUCGAGCUUCCAGAGUACUCGGGCCAUUUCAUCGACUAUAAGGCUCUCAAGAAGCUCAUCAAGAAACUCGCUACACCGUCCAGUCCUGAUGGAAUCACUCCAGUCACCACGGUUUCUCCGGUAGAGGCGCAAAACACGUUGAAAGAAAAUAGGGCGUCCUUCUUCUUUCGUGUUGAACGUGAGCUUGAGAAAGUCAAUUCCUUUUAUUUAGAAAAACAAGCUAAUCUUGAAGUCAAUUUGGAACUUUUACUAAACAAAAAUCGGGAACUUUUAACAAGAUAUCAUGAACAAUUGGAGAGGAAGGAAGGCAGAAAUUCCAACUUCAGGAACUCCAUUUCUUACCUCAACUUGUACCAAAACUUCAAAAAAAUUCAUCAAGACUUGAUCAGAUUGCAACAAUUUAUUGAACUCAACGAAACUGGGUUUCUGAAAGUGGUGAAAAAAUGGGAUAAAAGGUCCAAAUCCCACACCAGGGAACUAUUUAUCCUGACUGCUGUCAGCGUGCAACCUGUUUUCCACAAAAAUGACAUUAACGAAUUGAGUGAUAUGGUUACUCAGACUUUAUUUGACCUCGAAUCAAUUAUGGAUGGUGACUUUUCGUCGCUUCCAAAAUACAUUUCGCUCCAAGCAUCUCCUAACAUGUUAGCUGAAAGUCCGUCUGCAAAUAGUGACUCUUUCCAAUCGUCCAACUUCAAUACGUCCAGACAUGGAUCCGUUGCAAACGUCUAUAAUUCUGAGAUCGAUGAUCUUUACAGUAGCUUUGUCAAUAUUGCUACAAUUAAAGACCCAGACUUGGAUUUGUUAGACAGGUGGAUUGAAAAGGUGGGUAAGGGUCUGAACCAAACGUCAGAGGAAGAAUCAAAACUCAAAUUAUCCAAAAUAUUUCUACUUUCGAUUCCCAAUGUCCGCAUUGCUGACUCCUUCCUUCAGCUCUUUUUAGAGCGCAUUAACUACAGCGUGGACUUUACCAUUGUCAGCGACGACUUCAAUAAUAAACGUACUGUGAUCCAUCAGUGUUGCUCCAUUCCUCCAGCUUCUACUCAAGAGAACCAUGCCAUUAUUAAUAAUGGUGUUAAAGUGAUUAAUUCAAUCGACAGUAUUCAACAUUCCAGAACAUUUAUUGUUGAUUAUAUGAUGAGCAAGCUUACAGAUUCUGUUAGAGAAGAGCUUCUUGCUUGCAAGGAUUUCAAUGGACGGACCUGUCUUCAUUAUGCGGCCCAGAAUAACAGACUCGAUUUGUUAAAUCUAGUUGCACCUGCAUUCCCUCGUGAUCACCUUGAUGAUUUGGAUAAUGAAUCUAUGACGGCACUUCUUUUGGCAAUUAGACACAAACAUGUUCAUAUGAUUGAAAAGUUGGUGCAAAUGGGAAGUAACUGCUGGCCCACAUCAAGUGAAAGUAACCUUCAGUACUUACCAAUCAACUAUGCUUGCGAAUACGGAGACUACCAAAUCUUGGAGUACUUGCUUUCUUAUUCGAAGCCUACUGUACUGCUUGUUAAUCAACCAGAUGUAAAGGGUUUACAUCCACUUCAUGUCACUGCAAGAUCGGGCCACUAUAAGCUCAUAAAAUUGUUGACCCAAUAUGGAGCUGACGUUAAUAUGGUUGAUGAUCUUUUUAAUUGGCCUCCUAUUUUUUAUGCUGUGCUGGAGGGACAUGUAAAGACUACUGAGGAGCUCGUUUCCUUGGGUGCUAAUCUUGACUAUGUUGAUGGUGAUGGGUACAACGUUCUUUACUAUUGUAUGAUUGAGGGCCACAUUGAUGUUCUUAAUGCUUUGCUCAAGUAUGAUAAAGUGAUCUUGAAAUCUUCGACUAAAAAUUGGGAAAAAGACCAAUCUUUCCCUCAAGUUCAAGCAGAAAAUUCCGGGGUUCAUGUUAUCAAUGGCAUUGCUAAAGAUGACAUUAAAACAAGCCAAAACAAAGAUAUGGUUGAGGACGACUCAGAUAAUUCAAGCCUCGAAAAGUCCACCCUGGAAGCUAUUCCUGAUCUUCAACUUCCUCCACCAAUUCUUCCUCUCAGACGGUAUGGUCACAACUUCUUAGAGCAGAAGGUCCUAAUUGAGCUCAUAUUUCCAUCGGAAGAGCACUUUAUCAAGUUAUUAAAUUUAACUUCUGACUUGAAACCUGGUCGUAUAACCCUUACCUCAAGCAUGACAGAUAUUGUUCCAAGAAACAUCAUACUUCCAAUCGAAGACAAGACUCGCUCCAGUAAUAAGUGCAUUUUCCAGACUGACGUUGACUCAUUGAACGACUUUCGGAUUGAUUUCGAGAUCUUUCCAAAAUUUGGAACAAGACUCAUUGCGAAGACUUCAGCGAUGUCAUUCACAGAAACAAACUAUUCGAGCUCGGAGGCAGAUUCGGUACAUUUACCACUUUUCGAUCUUCGUUUGAGAAAUGUUGGAGAAUUGAAUUUCAGGUACCAAAUCAUCUUCCCAUUCUCUGGAGCCUUACUUGAAACAUCUCAAUUUGACACUUACUGGAAGUCAUCAACAAGCUUCUUGAGAACCAGCAAACCAUUUAGACAUAGCGGUGCUAGCGGUCUUUCCCCUCGAAGCAUAUUGUCGCCUACUGGUCUAAACCCGGAAUCUAACGUUGCAACAAAAGCUGUUGACUCUUCAACAGCAAACUCCAAUGGUACAUCAUUUGUAACCGCCACUUCGCUUUCUGGUGAAUAUUUGAGGAUAAAGGUUUGCCUCUUAAAAGAUGGUACUCCUAUAGUGUGCCCUCAGUGGUCAAUUGCAAUCUCCGAAAACUUGAGUCUUUAUCUUCCAAAUCUUUCAUUGGAACAAUUAAAUUCCAUCACAAACAACUUGUUUGACUAUGAGAAGGUGUUGCAUGAUCUCAACAAAAUGACGAAAAAGAAUCUUCCUUUGAUCAAGAAGUUGAUGAAGAUCAUUUACUUACCAUUGGGAGUACUUUUGGAAGUGUUGAAUAUCGAUAUCAAUUUGAGUUUGGAGGUGUUGUUUCCAUCUUAUUACGAGAUGAAGAAGCUACCAUUUGUUGGUACCAUCAGAGAAGUACUCAACAAGUUCAUUGACGAAACCUUAAAUGCUGUCUUCAAUCAUACAAGAACGUGGAAAGUAAGAAAUAUCACCAACACCCGGUCAAUAAUUUUCUUGUCCUCGAACUCGCUCAUCUGCAAAAUCUUAAACUGGAAACAACCCAACUUUCCAGUCUUCUUCGUUAUGAAUGGAAUCACCUACAACAACAAAGCAAAGCUGUUUGAGUACAGAACUACGAACGGAAUUUUGAUGGACAACGAAUCAAAGAAAGAACCAGAGAUUUUGGGCAGGUCCCAGGAAGUCAUAACCCGAUCUAUUAAUGAGGGUGUCAACUUUACCGUCAAUAACAAUUUGAUUGGUUUGGUCAUUUCAAUACAUUUGUUGAGAUUGGUUCCAAAGUUGGUUCCUUUAAUAAGAGCCCGAGGAUUGAUUAUUGUGGCUUCCAGCGAUGUGACUGAUGUCGACGACGAAGCCGCGUUCAGCAAAGACUUGGAUUCUUACACUAAAGCUGAGAUAAACGGACUUCGGUUCGGCGAUAUCAUGAGUUUUAAAGAUGACAUAGCAUAA